UAUUUUUGAAGUGCUUGUUCGCUUUCUUUUUGUUUCUUUCUUCGGAUUUUGAUAUUUUCGUUCUGCUACAAUGGAGAUCUCAGAAAGAGUGAGAGCUCGAUUGGCGGUUCUGUCGGCACACUUGGCGGGGGCUGAGCCACAUGGAUCGUCUGCGAUCGAACGGUGGUGCACGUCGGCGAACAUGGCUCCGCAUGGAUCCCUGAAGGGAACGCUGACGAUCGUCGACGAGCGCACGGGGAAGAAAUAUCAGGUCCCGGUCUCUGAAGAAGGUACCGUUAAAGCCGUUGAUAUCAAGAAGAUAACAACGGGGAAGGAGGACAAGGGACUUAAGUUAUACGAUCCUGGUUAUUUGAACACAGCUCCUGUCCGGUCUUCGAUUUCUUACAUCGACGGAGAUGAAGGAGUCCUCCGAUAUCGUGGAUACCCAAUUGAGGAGUUGGCCGAGAGAAGCACUUUUGUGGAGGUUGCUUAUCUCCUCAUGUAUGGAAAUCUUCCUUCUGAAAGUCAGCUUGCCGAUUGGGAGUUUGCAGUUUCUCAGCAUUCAGCUGUGCCGCAAGGAGUAUUGGAUAUUAUACAGUCUAUGCCUCAUGAUGCACACCCUAUGGGAGUUCUUGUUAGUGCAAUUAGUGCACUUUCCAUCUUUCAUCCUGAUGCAAACCCUGCUCUUCGGGGCCAAGAUAUUUACAAGUCCAAACAAGUUAGAGACAAACAGAUCGUUCGUAUUCUUGGAAAGGCGCCAACUAUUGCUGCAGCUGCUUAUUUGAGGUUGGCAGGAAGGCCUCCUGUACUUCCUUCAGGCAACCUUUCUUAUGCAGAGAAUUUCCUCUAUAUGCUUGAUUCCAUGGGUAAUAGGUCUUACAAACCUAAUCCUCGGCUAGCUCGAGUGCUGGACAUCCUUUUCAUAUUGCAUGCAGAACAUGAAAUGAAUUGCUCCACUGCUGCUGCCAGGCAUCUUGCCUCCAGUGGUGUUGAUGUGUACACUGCUGUAGCUGGAGCUGUUGGAGCUCUGUAUGGUCCACUUCACGGUGGUGCGAAUGAGGCUGUGCUUAAGAUGUUAUCGGAGAUUGGGACGGUUGAAAAUAUUCCAGAAUUUAUCGAGGGUGUGAAGAACAGGAAGAGGAAGAUGUCAGGUUUUGGACAUCGCGUUUACAAAAACUAUGAUCCCCGAGCAAAAGUCAUCAAGAAGCUGGCAGAGGAAGUGUUUUCUAUCGUUGGAAGGGAUCCUCUGAUUGAGGUAGCCGUUGCUCUGGAGAAGGCAGCUCUGUCGGAUGAUUAUUUUGUGAAGAGAAAGCUAUACCCGAAUGUUGAUUUCUACUCUGGAUUGAUAUAUAGGGCAAUGGGAUUUCCGCCAGAGUUCUUCACUGUCUUGUUCGCAAUCCCCAGGAUGGCUGGAUACUUGUCCCACUGGCGAGAGUCAUUGGAUGAUCCUGACACGAAGAUCAUGAGACCCCAGCAGGUGUACACAGGGGUAUGGCUGCGGCAUUACACGCCAGUGAGGGAGAGAACACUGUCGAGUGAACCUGACGACAAGAAUGCCGACAAGAUGGGACAAGUCUCUGUUUCGAAUGCGUCGAGGAGGCGUCUUGCUGGUUCUGGGAUUUAGUCCUAAUUUUUUUUUUCGUUACAUAAUAAGUAA